GGCAAAGGGAGGAGAGAGACAGCAGGAUGGUGAUUUGUACUUUGCCCAGCUGAGAAACUAUUCAAUAGUCUCUUUCUACCAGGUGAGAAUUCAUCUACACCUGUCUGCUCAGAUGCGUUGUGGAGAGUAGAUUGGGGAAAAGGCAAGGACAAGCAAACAAAGUUGCAGGGAAGUGAAGUGCCUCCUCCACAGAUAACACCACUGGAAUUUAUCUGGACUAUAAGGGGCCUCCAACUGUGCUGAGUCAAGUGAAAGACCAAUCGCUUCCAUGUGGCUGUACCUGGUCUGCCUUAUUGGCUUUUACUAUCUGUUUCGCUGGUACCGGGAGAGGCAGGUGGUGAGUAACCUUGGAGACAAAUAUGUCUUUAUCACGGGUUGUGACUCUGGAUUUGGUAACUUACUGGCUAAGCAACUGGACCUUCGAGGCAUGAGGGUGCUAGCAGCCUGUCUGACAGAGAAAGGGGCCGAGCAGCUGAGGCGUGAGACUUCAGACAGGGUAGAGACAGUGAUCCUGGAUGUAACCAAAACUGAGAGCAUCACUGCAGCUGCCCAGUGGGUGAAGGAGCGUGUGGGAAAUAAAGGACUCUGGGGCCUUGUCAACAAUGCAGGAGUUAUCUUUCCAGAUGUUUGCACUGAGAUGAUGGACAGGGAACCUUUGAAGACAAUGGAUAUAAACCUGAUUGGAGUAAUUGAGGUGACGCUAAACAUGCUACCAAUGUUGAGACAAGCCACGGGAAGGGUUGUCAAUGUCUCUAGCAUCAUGGGGAGACUUGCUUUCUAUUCAGUGCCCUACUGUUGUUCCAAGUAUGGAGUGGAAGCCUUUUCGGAUUGUCUGAGGCUUGAAAUGAAACAUUUUGGGGUGAAAAUCUCCAUGGUUGAGCCUGGCUAUUUCAAAACAAACAUGACCAACAGCCAGAGGAUCCUGCAGAGCCUUGAAAAUUCUUGGAAUAAAAGUUCAGCGGAGAUUAAAGAAAGCUAUGGACAAGAAUUCUAUGAGAAAUCUGCCAGCUCUACCAAAGAGGCAGUGGAAAAUUUUCACUCGAACUUGCGCCUGGUAACCGACUGUAUGGAACAUGCUCUGACAUCCUCUUACCCUCGCUAUCGCUAUUCAGCUGGUUGGGAUGCUCAAUUCUACUUUAUUCCUAUAUCGUAUUUGCCUACUGUACUGUUAGAUCAUAUUUUGUCUAAAAAUAUUCAGAAACCUGCACAUGCUGUCUACAGAUAGAUUGGAAAGCUGACUUGUGAAGAAGGAACUGAACAGUUUGAAAUUUGAAGAUGGUGUUUCUGUAGCUUUUUAAAAGAAAUUUAUUCUUUGUAAGGUUUGAUUCCCAUCCUAAUCCUUUUUUUUUUUUUGGGCUAGGCAAUGGGGUUAAGUGACUUGCCCAGGGUCCCAC